AUAGUGCCGCUUAUGAUUCCCACCACUAAUUUUAUAACUGCAUCGAAGCGUCAGCAAUUGUUGUUAUUUGCAAUGCAAAAAUCGAGCUAAUUCCGUGGUAUUGUAAUGUUUUUAAAGUGUUCGGUAGAAGCAAUUGGAAAUCAAUAUUAACCAAAGCCGCUUACCACAAAAUGUAAAGCUGCAGUUGCCCUACCAACUUGAGGCGAACCUAAUUGGAUAAACAAAAUUCCGAGAGCACGUCAUCGGUGACAGAUCGUCUUUAAUUCUUCGAUAAGAAAAACAAAUCAGCGGCCUGAGGAGCUGAACAACCGCGCCCUUAACAAAGGAGAAUCGGUAGCACCAUGCCGAUACUAUAUAGUGUCAUAUCGCGGGGCACCACCGUGCUGGCCAAGUUUGCGGAGUGCGUCGGCAACUUUGCCGAAGUGACGGAGCACAUAAUCGGUCGGAUCGGGGUGCACAACCACAAGAUGACCUACACACACGGCGACUACCUGAUCCACUACACCUGUGAGAACAAACUGGUCUACAUGUGCAUCACCGACAACGAGUUCGAGCGGUCGCGGGCCUUCCUCUUCUUGGCGGAUAUCAAGCAAAAGUUCAUCCAGACCUACGGCCUCCAGGUAGCCACCGCCAUUGCCUACUCCAUGAACACGGAGUUCUCUAAGGUCCUCGCCCAGCAGAUGGUCUACUUUAGUCAGUCCCGGGAGGUGGACACCAUUUCGCGGGUACAUGGGCAGAUUGACGAGCUUAAAGACAUAAUGGUUAAGAAUAUUGACAGUUUGCGGGAUCGCGGCGAGAAACUGGAGCUGCUGGUCAACAAGACCGAAAACUUGAGCAAUAAUUCAGUUGCAUUCCGCAAGGCCUCGCGAAAUUUGGCGCGUCAAAUGUUUUGGAAGAACAUUCGCAUCUAUGUGGUGGUGGGUCUGGUGAUAACCUUCAUCGUUUACGUGAUUGUGAGCAUGGCCUGUGGUGGCCUCGCUUGGCAGUCCUGUGUUUAGGACACGGUAAAAAGUUGUUUAUAUUGUUAUAGGCUCAUAACACAUGUAUAUUUGCAUAUAAAAGUCUACAGUACCCUCAUUAUCUAUGUUCUAUGUAAUAAACUUCAAUGUAUACCGGA